AUGUCCUCGCUCGCGAACGGCUUCUCCCGUGCUCGCACCAUACCUACAUACAUUCUGCGCCAGCUCGCCACAGAGCCUCUUGCCAGUGGCGCCCUGCUGUACUUCCUCACACGCGCCUCACCACACGUCCGUGAGCGCGUUCUCGGGCCACUGCGUCCUUACAUCCUCUCCAAGAAUGCCGACGCGCGCAUAGCCACCGCCGUCCGUAUCCUCAAAGUCCUGCUCGCCAUCGGCGUCGGCGGUCGGAUCAGCCAGCUCCUCGACCGGCUCGCUCUCAACAACUGGUAUCUUCGCCGCCCUGGUGCAGCAUGGCGUUUUGGCGAUGCGCAGAAGAGUGAGCUAGUGCUCAUCACCGGUGGCUGCUCCGGCUUUGGACUCGAGAUGGCGAAGCGCUUCUCGGAGCACGCGAGGGUGAUUGUGCUGGACGUUGGUGCUUUGCCUGACGAGUUGGCCAGACUGAACGACGUGCACUACUACAAGUGCGACAUCACUGACUUCGAUGCCCUCCAAAGCCUUGCCGCUGAGAUCAAGAGCACGCACGGCAAUCCGAGCGUACUGAUCAACAACGCCGGUAUUGCUCAAUCGGGCCCCAGCCCCGUCUUACACGACCUCCAGCCCCACGCUGUGGACCGGCUCUUCAAGGUCAACCUCGUCUCGCACUUCGUCCUCAUCCGGGAGUUCCUGCCCGGCAUGCUCGCCGCGCGCAAAGGCCACGUUGUCAGCAUCGCCUCGAUGGCGAGCUACGUCUCCGCCCCCGGCCUGCUCGACUAUGCGUGCAGCAAAGUCGGAGCCUUGUACCUCAAUGACGGACUCCGCGCAGAGCUCCUCACCCGCCACGGCACCGCCGGCCACAGCAUUCACACGACCUCAGUACACCCGUCCUGGCAUGCGACGGGGAUCGUCAAGCCCUUCGAGUCCCGCCUGCGCGAGCUGGGCGUGCGCAUGGACCCACCAUCCAACGUGGCCAACGAGGUCGUGCGGCGGGUUCUGGCGCGAAGGAGUGGACAGAUCUUCAUGCCGGCCAGCGAGAGCCGUUGGGCCAAUCUCAGGGCGUAUCCUGUUUGGGUGCAGGAUUGGGCUUUUGGGUGGGCUUGGGGACGGUGGAAUGCGUGA